GCUUCAUUAUCUUUUUUCACGUAACGGAGCGUCAACUGUCAACAUAAAAAAACUGCGCUGCUUUCUGGAAGAAAAUGAUAGAAACGGUGACAUUUCCCUCAAUAUCCCGGAAUAAAACGUUGGAUUUUUAAGACUUUCUGAUUGAGGUUGCUUCAGCUUUGUGAGGAGGGAUGCCGGUGGAGAGCGGGAGCAGCGCCGCCGCCCGUCAGGCCAAACAGAAGAGGAAGUCCCACAGUCUGUCCAUCCGCCGGACCAACAGCACCGAGCAGGAGCGCUCCGGCCUGCAGAGAGACAUGCUGGAGGGACAGUCCUCUGAUAACCUGGAUUCUCUCAUCCCAACGGAGGAAUCCAAACUGCCUCUCUCUGUGAGGAGCAAUCUGCUGGACCUCUUCAGUCAGAUCGAGAGGGAGUUUGAAAACAUCUACAUAGAAAACCUGGAGUUACGCAGAGAAAUCGAAACUCUGAACGAUCGUCUGGCUGCAGAUGGACAAGCUUUCGAAGGAGCCGAUUUAGCCAAAGGAGCCCUGAAGACAAAAGCGAGUCAUAGCACGAGCCAGCUGUCACAGAAACUAAAGACCACCUACAAGGCUUCCACAAGCAAGCCGCGUUCAAACUCUUGCCACGCCAGAGUAGGUGGAUCCCGCAACUUCAGCGUAACCAGCUGGGAGUUGUGGGGUGGAGACUCAUGGAUCGUCUCCAGUUUCAAAGCGACCACGUCCAGAGCCGUGUGUCAGCUGGUGAAGGAGUACGUCGGCCACAGAGAUGGCAUCUGGGACCUGAGCGUCACCAGGACUCAGCCGGUGGUGCUGGGUACCGCUUCUGCAGACCACUCUGCGAUGCUGUGGAGCAUAGAGACGGGAAAGUGCCUCCUCAAGUAUAUGGGCCACCAAGGAUCAGUCAACUCCAUCAAGUUCCACCCCACUGAACAGAUGGCUCUAACAGCCUCUGGAGACCAGACAGCUCACAUCUGGAGGUACAUGGUGCAGCUGCCGACUCCACAGCCUGUUGCUGAUAUCAGCCAAACACCCUGUGAAGAGGACGUGGACUUUUCAGAUAAAGACGAGGCCGAUUGCGACGUGGAGGGUUCCAUCGACUGUCCGUCUAUCCGCGUGGCGACCACCACUCUGCGCAGCCACCAGGGCGUGGUGAUCGCUGCUGAUUGGCUGGUGGGAGGCAAACAGGUGGUGACGGCGUCCUGGGAUCGAGCUGCUAACCUGUACGACGUGGAGACCUCGGAACUCGUGCACUCACUCACCGGCCACGACCAGGAGCUGACACACUGCUGCACCCACCCCACCCAGCGCCUCGUGGUCACCUCGUCCAGAGACACCACCUUCAGACUGUGGGACUUCAGAGACCCGUCCAUACACUCCGUCAACGUGUUCCAGGGACACACCGACACGGUGACGUCGGCUGUCUUCACGGUGGGCGAUAACGUUGUGUCAGGAAGCGACGAUCGCACCGUCAAAGUGUGGGACCUGAAGAACAUGAGGUCGCCCAUAGCAACCAUCCGAACUGACUCCGCUGUCAACAGGAUCAGCGUGUCGGUGAACCAGAAAAUCAUCGCUCUUCCUCACGACAAUAGGCAGGUUCGGCUGUUCGACAUGUCGGGGGUGCGGCUGGCUCGACUCCCCCGGAGCAACAGACAGGGUCACCGUCGGAUGGUGUGCUGCUCCGCCUGGUGUGAAGACAACACCUCCUGCAACCUGUUCACCUGCGGCUUCGACCGGCAGGCCAUCGGCUGGAACAUCAACAUCCCCGCCCUGCUGCAGGAGAAAUGACCUCCUGACGCUGCCACUUUACGGUGAAACUCCACCCAGAGUCUGCCUCUUAGAGCACAAACACUUACUUCCCGCAGGAUUCAAACGCAGCUUCAAACAUGUCUGUAAAAACGUGUCACGUUGCAACAGACGUAAAUACUCAAUGCAAAUGACAAAGAAGUGUUUAACAGCUGCCUUUGAGUCUGCAGGCUGUCAGUAUUUAAAGCUUCAUGAGAUCAAAACCAGGGAAAGCAGGGAAGAGAAAUGAUUUGCGUUGUGUCUACUGCUUCUGUCAUUCUCUCUUACUUCAGCCGCCGAUUCAAGCAGACACGCCGCGUGUGUUUCUUUUGCGUUGAGCAAUUCUUCCCUAUCCAAAUUAAAUGGACAACCUCGUUACCACUGAUGAGGAAAGCACGGUUUGUUUAGUGGAAAACUAAACGCUGAAAGCUUAAGAUAAGUGAGGUGGAGAAUUAACGAAAUGUAAUCCGUGCCUCUGAGAGCAGAUUGAUGUGUGGACAACAGUCUGAUGCUUUAGGGAAAGUCCUUCUGUUUCCAACCUUUCUGUCUAGAAGUUCAUUUGUGAUAACUCGCAUUUACCUUCUUCUUUACCUACUCGUCUUGAUUGAAAAAGCAAGAAGCCCCUAACUCUUUGAAUUGAUACUUAAAUAAUCUAAUAACAAUGUUCAGCUUCUGGGAAUAACAAGCGAUCAUUGUCUAAAUCUUGUUAUCCGUUUCAGUGAGCUGUUAAAAGGGACGUUUCCCCAUCUGUUCGAUUAUCGGCACCUGAGAUUAACUGCUAAUCUGUAAUACACUUUAAAGCAACCACCAUAUUAUCUGUUGUUUGUAGAAGCUCAGUUCUGCUCCGCGUUCAGGAGUCUGUGUGGUACAGUGAUGCACCUUUUUGGAAUAGUCGUACAGCGGUUACGAUGUUGUUGCUAGAGAGCGUUGUAGAUUAUGUAAAUGGUCAAUGGUGGUUUUUUUAGCUUAAGGAUUGUUUUCUGCAAAGGUCAGACACUUUUAGGCACAUAAUGGUCCUAUACUGUAGUGAUAUCUAAGAAAUGCUCGAAUUUGACUGCCUUCUAAACUGUGGCUACCUGAAAAAAAUGUGAGUAAUAAGCUUUCCUCUGCUAGCCGUGGUGUGUGUACUCUGGAACUACUGGGAUAUAGUUACUCCUGGAAAUAGAAGUGUUGUGUGACUAAAACUGAAACGUAAGGAGAAGAGGGAAAGAAAUAAGGACUUAGUCCAACAAAAGGAAGCUAUAUUUGAGCUUCUUUAUUAUUUAGGCACAAAACUAUUCCUAACCUGCAUUAGGUUUGCAGUUGUACUUUAUCGACGAGUGGCGGAGUAAAUCUCAACCAAAACCUCUUCAAUUGUUCACAAAUAUCUGAAUCAAAGGCGUUGUUGUUAUUUUGACUGAAACUCCUCCAGUGUUAGGGUUUGACUCCAGUAUGACCUCCCACAUCUUAUACGUGGUGGGUCCCUCCUCCUCUCACGGUGUUGUUCUGGAUCCGUCUGUGCUUCUGUUUCUGUAAAGCCAUGAACCAGCCACUGUGUUUCUAGUAGACAGAAAAAAAGGUGUUAGAAGCUGAUACAUGUGUUGAUAUUGAUCCAGCUAAAGGAGGGAAGGGGAUUCCAGUGUUUCUGUCCGUGUGCUAGUGAAAUCUUUAGUCUCUAAGAGCAGCACCUGUUGAGAUAGUUGUUAUGCAGGGCUGGGUACCCAGACGUAGUACCUAAGGAAUCAUCUAUUUAAUAGUUCUUUUUGGUGCUAACUGAAGUCCCUUUUUAAUGACUAAAUAGACCAACAGUUCUAAAAUUGAGCACUUUAAAUGGCGAGAACACACGUCUCCACCGUAUAUCAGAAAACAGCUGUUCUGAAGGGGUUUGAUGAAGAUGGAAAGGUUUGUUUUUAUCGUCUCAAAAUCGACUUAUUGAAAAUGAAACUCUUCACUAAAAUGACUAAACUACAACAACGUCUGCUUAAAUAUGACAAUAUUUUAGUCAAUAAUCUCUACUCAAAGACACAUUUAAGCAGCUAUGAAGGGAAUAAAAUAGGUUAGAAGAGAAAGCACAGUUUUUGUACAUGAUACAUAUCAAUCACUCUAAUUUCCACCAACACAAACAGAGAAACCCAACAGAUGUUCCUGUGGUGCCCAGCCCCGCUGUUGUACCAAUACUUGACAUGAAUGUAAAAGUAGUUUUUUCCUCUCGCAGUGCCCUUUAGUCUUUGGUGUUGAAAACACUGUUGUGGGGAUUCUGUCUGUGUCAUAAUUGUAAUGGUACUUAAAAAACUAGUGAAACCUUUCGAGGAGUGUCGUGACGCGUUCGCUGUCCCCUGCUUUGCUUCCCCACUGCCACUAAAACAGCCAAAGCUGCAUUGAGGCGUGUGUGUGUGUGUGUGUUUGAGAAGAAAGUCUGUGUGUGUCUUUGCGUCUAAAAGGUGUUUAAUGUUCUCACAAGUUACUGCAUUAAAUGGAUGAUAAGCACAGUCCAUUUCAAACUGAUUGUUUCUAAGUCUAGCUUUAGAUUUAUGCUGGUUUGUAACAAAAAGCUUUCAUUAAAACAAGUUCAACAAAUACACUGACACCACAUUAAAUGUAUUUGGUCGCUCUUUACAGCUGCCUUGUAUUAACUUAGCGAACAUUCUUAGAAAUCCCAAUUUGCUGAAGUAAAUUUGGAUUUUGGUGUAAAAACCUCCUCCUUACGUGCAAGUUAAAGGAGUGCUAUAGUAUAUUAAAGACUUCCUCCUCUAAAGGCAACUGUAAAGUGACUGUCCUUAUUUUAACACCAUAUCACUUGUAUCAUAAACUGUAAUCUAAUGGAAUGUAGCCGGUUUGGCUGCAUGGUGUUUUUCAGCUGCAGCAGUUUCAUUAUUAGCCUUGAUGACUUCAUGACAUGUUCCUGCUUUUCAAUUGUUCUGUUUGGUGUAGAUGCAUUGUACUGCUUCAGUAUGAAUGACAGCGUUCUUCAGUCAAAGGUUUUGCAUUCACAUGAACAUUUAUUUUGUCAUUUAUACCAGAGAUGGCAAAUGUAGCCGGAUGCUACUUAACAAUUUGAGUCAUACAUGUAAAACAUGUCAAAUUCAGACUCGACUUUCUGAAGUAUCAGACUUUAUAUUUAAACACCCCUCUAAACAUGUUUUCAGUUUACGUCUGAAAAUGUAAGAUAUUUUGACUACUGUUGUUUUUAAAAAACCAUGUGGUUCUGCUCCUUUACUUUCUCUUUAUUCUCUCCAGCUGCAAUCAGCAAUAAUCAAAUUAAAAACCAAAGCACAACAAUGCAGAUCCAUGAUGUCCUUUUCCCCAAAAUCAAUUCUGCAAACGGAGUCAUCCCUGGUUUAAACGAGAAACCAUCUGUUUGUGUGAAGGAUAGAAGCUGUGGAUUGUGAAUGUUCAACCUCUAGUUUAUCCAAUACUUUCACUGCUCUCAACUGUUUUUUUACCAACACUGAGCCAUUUUGCUGCCUGCCACGUCCGAAAUAUUGUUCAGUGACACUGUUCACACUCUCAAUAACAUCAAACCAGGUCACCGCCACCGUCGUGAAGCCUCGUUGAACUGUGGCAACGUGUUAACAGUGUUUUGUGUGAUCAAAGUGGCAAAAGAAAACACGAUGUAGUUCUCAGAAGAAAAUCAAAAGCCCUGUUGGAUCGACUUGACAGCAGUUGUGUGGUUUCAAGCUGUGUAAUAAUAAGGAAUAAACAGCUGCUUGUGAAAUGAAAAUAAACAACUUGUGCUGUUUGAA